AUGAAUUCAGCUCUACAAACUCCGGGCUAUACUGUCGCAGAUAUCGAAGGCCUUUAUAUCACCACUGCUUGCCCUUAUUCAGAUCCAAAAGAAAAUUUUUUCAGACCCUCAGACAAAUCAAAGUGGGUCACCGGUAAGGAUUUUAUAACUUCAGUAGGAAAAGUAGAGGAAUUCACUAGAGACAAAUCUCUUCCUCUGUUCAUCAAUAAUGGACUUGCAUAUGAAAGUUCGAAUCCAGCUCUGGUACAACAGAAGCUUAGAUCAUCAGAAAAGACCAAAAUGAUGUCACCAAAAGGUUUUGUUUCCAUGUUCGGUAAUAGCGGUUGUGACAACAUUGAUAAGCAAUACAGCUUGGGAUUUACCAGUCCAGCUCGAGGGUCACUCCAUUCCUUCUCGGCUCCACUCCCAACCAACAUCAAAGGUCAGUCGAGAUCUCCGGUACAAUUAAGACCACUUUCAGGUACUUCUUCCAGUGCCGCUAUCAAUCUAAUUUCCAGAAAUAUGGCUUCGCCUAAAUCAUCUCCAAGACUCUCCAAUAAAUUGUUGUAA